GCGGGCGGUCGCGGCCAAGAUGGCGGCCGCUGUCGGUGCUGCCGCUGCUGCUGCCGGCGCCGGGCGGGCGGCGCGUCAGGUUGUGAAAAGCAGCAGUCAGCUGAGGGUCCCGGUACGAUGGAGGGGUCAGGCAACUGCAGCUGCCGUGAUGGAGAGCACAAAACCUCAAAUUCAGCCCGAGGCACAGAAACCUAAGACAGGAAUCUUGAUGUUAAACAUGGGAGGUCCAGAGAGGUUGGAUGAUGUGCACGAUUUCUUACUUCGUCUCUUCCUGGACCGAGACCUAAUGACGAUGCCAGCCCAAAAUCAGUUAGCACCCUUCAUUGCCAAACGCCGCACACCGAAGAUCCAGCAGCAGUACAGCAGGAUUGGAGGUGGAUCACCAAUCAAGAAGUGGACAGCAGUGCAGGGAGAAGGCAUGGUGAAGCUGCUGGACAGCAUGUCUCCUCACACUGCACCUCACAAGUACUACAUUGGCUUCAGGUACGUCCACCCCCUGACAGAAGAAGCAAUUGAGGAGAUGGAGAAGGAUGGCAUAGAGAGGGCCAUUGCCUUUACCCAGUACCCCCAGUACAGCUGCUCCACCACAGGAAGCAGUUUAAAUGCCAUUUAUCGCUACUACAAUAAAAAAGGGGAGAAGCCAAAGAUGAAAUGGAGCAUCAUUGACCGCUGGCCCACACAUCCCCUUCUCAUCCAGUGCUUCACUGAUCACAUUCAGAAGGAACUGAGCCUGUUUCCACCUGACAAAAGGAAAGAUGUUGUCAUCCUCUUCUCAGCUCACUCGCUGCCCAUGUCUGUUGUGAACCGUGGUGAUCCCUAUCCUCAAGAAGUGGGAGCUACUGUCCAGAGGGUCAUGGAGAAGCUGAACUACUCCAACCCUUACAGACUGGUGUGGCAGUCCAAGGUUGGACCAAUGCCUUGGCUUGGCCCGCAGACAGAUGAGACCAUUAAAGGCCUGUGCCAGAGAGGAAAGAAGAACAUGUUGUUGGUCCCAAUAGCAUUUACCAGUGACCACAUUGAAACACUUUAUGAACUGGAUAUUGAGUAUGCCCAGGUUUUAGCAAAUGAGUGUGGAGUUGAAAAUAUCAGAAGAGCCGAGUCUCUUAAUGGAAACCCACUGUUCUCCAAGGCUCUGGCAGACUUGGUCUGUUCCCAUAUCAAGUCGAAUGAAAUCUGCUCCAGGCAGUUAACGCUCUGCUGUCCGCUCUGUGUCAACCCCGUCUGCAGGGAGGCAAAAGCCUUCUUCACCAGCCAGCAGCUCUGAGCAGCCCUCAGGACCUCCCCUGGGCUCCUCAGCACCAGCAGCCUGGACAAGCAGUGCAGAGGAAAGAAGCCCCUUGGCCUUUUCCCAGCAAGGAGUUUUCCUUGCUGUUCCACAGUGACAGGCUGGUGGCCUCAGUGUUGUUAACCUCGUGUAACAGGGAGGAUAACUUGACUUUUUUUUUUUUUUUCUUUUUUUCCCCUUACAUUUUCUUUGUUUGAGAAGAGUUUGCAGCGAGCAGGGAAGGCAGGGUGUUUACCCUGCAAGAUGUGGAAAGAUCUUGCUGCUUCUGGUUCUGAUUGGACUUAGCAGAAGCGCAUAAGUAUGCACUGAAAAACCUAAAAACCUUUUCUACAAAUUAGCUCUACUUCCUAUGCAGGGAUUUAUGCAGUUUUGUCAUUUCAGCUUUCCAGGUCAAACAAGUGUUUGUUUUGCUUAUGCUUAAGGUACAGAAUAACCAGCAGCAUCACCAAUUGUCUCUUCUGAGGGAAUUUUCAGCUGGGUGUGAAGAUCGAGUGACUUCUAAUGCUUUUUAAGGAAUGUGUGUAUUUUUUUGGAACAUAAUGAUAAGGAUUUGUGGGUUGAUUUUUAAUUGUUUUUCUCCUGCUGGAAACUUCCAGUGAAAGCUUAGCUGGGAUAGAAGAACGCACAAGAUUUGUUUACAUUUUCUGGAUAAAAUACUCUUGUUAUCUGUAGGAAAGCCUCUGCGUUUGAAGAGCAUAAAAUGAAAAGAACAAGCCUGCUUGGGUGAUGCAGAAGAGCAUGCUCAGUUGUUAUGUCUCACAUCUCCCAGCCAUCAGUAGCCUGGAUCAAAACAUGUUGGUUUAUCUUUUAAGAAAAAAUGUUUUUACAAAUUCUUACUAUAAAGGGCUUUCUCCAUUUGGUUACAUAAGUUUAGGGAGUCAGGCUUGCUCUCCAGAAGUUUUAUAGACCUGGUCUGUGCUCUCUGCUGUGGUCUUUGUGGGGUCCCGGUGGAGUUCCAUAGGUACAAUUGAUCCAGCUUAACUGCUGAUGUUAUUUAGACUUGAGCUGAUGGGUGAGGAGUGAUUUACUCUGCAGAUGGCUGCAAGCAGGCAGCCCUGAUGCUGCCAGCUCUGUGCUUCACAAACCUUUGGCAGCAGCUGAAUUUCCUCUGGUUUUGGCACUGGGAGUACACCCUGGUAACCUGAUGGACUUGUUUCAGCAGGUGUCUGUGUGCACCAGCACUGAUGAAUCCACUGGUUUUGUAGAGGGUGAAAAACCUAUACAGGGCAGUAUUCCCUCUGUCAGCACCAGGACUGGUGUCCAGGGCAGUCUGGGGAGAGGAGAGGGCUUUGUGGAAGGGUGGUGGUCACCACACAGCAUGUGGAGCUGGGCACUGGAAGCAUCUGGGGACAGAAGCACUGCAGCCCCUCAGCCAGUGUUCCCUGGCACCGGGACCUCUCCUUCUGGGAGGGAUGAGGGAGGAGCAAAGCUGUGACCCUGUUCUCUGGGACUGAGCCAGACCUGUCCUAGUCGAGCUGCCAGCUUCCAGCUCUCCAUGUUUACAUGAGGUAAUGAGCACUGAAAGGCAGGCAGGGUGGCAGGCAGGUUGUUCUCUGCAGAUGGAUGAUCCAGCUGAUGGUGAUGCAAGGCUGCUCACAGAGUUACGUUUGGGGGUGUAAUUAUGGGGCAUGAGCAGCUGGAACCUCCAAGCUUUCAAGGAUAGGGCUGUUCAAAAAGAAAAUAGGCCCCUGUUGGUGUUACAGGGGUUUAACUUGUUCUGUUUUGUGUUGAAAGAAUGAAAGGGAUGCUUGUUGGCCAGCUGGUCCAUGGGCCAGGUCCUGCCAUGGGGUGAUGCAAACCCUGCUGCACAUCCUCACUGGAUGCCCCGACUGACACCUCCCCACUGCCACACUGCAGCUUCCCAGAGUUUCCAUGGGGAGACAGGCUGAGGUGCCUGCCAUCUCAGGACCUCCUGCAUUGCUGCUCCCCCUCCUUGCUUUAGCAGAGAAGUCUUCCUUGACCUUUCCUACCUGUGCCUGUUCUGCCCAGGGCUUUGUGUCUCCCUUCCCUGCCCUCGGGCUCUGCUCGCUGCCUCGGCAGGAGAGGGGACACCAACACCUGCUCAGGUGGAGUCGGUGGUUGUCAGGGGGUAGGGAAGGGUGAAUGGCUCAUGGGAAAGCCUUGGAGAGCUAUCAAAAGCAUAAAAUUGUCUGGAAUAUGUGUGGGGAGGGGACGCUGGCCUUAUGUCUCUUGUUGGACAAAGAACUUAUUUCUCCAUUCCCAUUCCUCUGCUGACACUGAGGGGUCAGUGCAGAACAGCCUGGUGUGUAAAUUCUUCCUGCUUGUACCUCUUUCCUACCAGCUGGAGAGUGUAUUGGCCUUCAGAGCACAUUUAGAAGAGUGGCUGAAGCUGGGAACUGGAGGUUAACUUGAUAUGAACAUUGUGAUACUAUAAAUACAGAUUGGCUUUUUAUUUCCCUACUGGAGUGAGUGCUGAAAACAUUGGCCAGCACUAAUUGUGAGGCAUUAUGUUUGUCCUCAGUAAUAAAAGGGAUUUAAAAUGCACUUUUUAGAAUGCUAACCACAAGUGAGAUAAUUACUAAGUCUGUUGCUGCUAUUAGACCAUAAUGUAGAAAUCACUUAAUUUUCUAGGUCUUAGCAGAUGGAUCUCAUCUCAUAGUUGGUGUUGUUCUUUGUUUUCCUGAACAGAUCAUGUAAUGUCACUCUGUCCUGUAGCUUAAAACACAUAAUUUUGUCUUCAUGUGGCAUCAAAAAGCCUCUUGAAAAACUGCCCUAGCAAGUUAGCCAGCAGCUCUGCUUCAUGUUUUUAAAUAAAGGUAACAGUGAGACCAACAGCAGUGGGCAUCCUCCUGCCACUGAAAUCUCCUUAUCCUGGGGGUUUGUGUGGGAGAAUUUCUGUCUAUGCUGGUGGUGGAAUUCAUCUGACCCUAUUUUAGAUGCUUCCAGUGUGGAUGUUGCCAUCUGAGCUGAUUACUCCUGAGGGGGGGGAUUCAGCUCCUCUCCAAGCAGACGGGCUGGGUGAGGUUGGCUGGGUACCAGCCCAGGCUGUGAGCACAGCUCCAAGGUGGGGAGAAUCCCAGCCCCUCAUGUGCCUUCUUCUCCAGCACCCUGCCAGCCCUCUGUGGCCACUGCCCUGGGAGAUGCAGGCUGAGCCCUCCAGCAGUCUGCUUGGCUUCCCCUGGAGGAUUCCAGACACUUGGUGCUAAGUCAGGAGCCAGCCUGCUCAGCUUUCUGCUCCGUGUCUGUGGAAGAGCCUCUCCCAGCCCCCAGCCAGGGCUCUGGGAUGAUCCUUCAUUACCCACUGCACCCCUUUGCUGUCAUUUCUUUCCUUCACAAGUGUUUAUCAUUUACAUAUGUCCUGACAAGAAGCAACUACUUGGAUGUUUGCACAUGGGGAGUCUUGAAGAACUUACUCAUGAUUAGGCUCUUCUGAUUUGACUCUGCAAUUUUUUUUCUUAAUUUUUUUUCCCUUAGUUGAAGUUUUUCUCUUUUGGUGUUCAUAAGAGCUCCCUUACUACUGGCUGCAUUUUAGAAAAUGUGAUAGCUUCCAACAGUGGUGCUGUGAUGCCCUGAGGUAUAGGGGUGGUGUCUGAGCUCACCUCCUGCUCCCUCUGGAGAGGAGGAUCUUACAGCUGAGUUCCGUGGGGCUGGGGAUUUCCCAGGAAUAUCUGUAAGUUCACUGUAUUUUCCCUUUCUGCCACACCCAGAGAGCUGUAAUUCACUGUGGAGUGUAAGAUGCAAGAGACAGAGAAGUUCCUUCUAUGAUUUAAUUCCAGAUGUGUACAAAUACUUGCUUUUAGUCCAAUGUACAUGUUUCAAGUUGAACAAGGACUUCCAUUUAAUGUUAACACAGGAAAUUUGUAUAACCUUAACCUUACUUGUGUAUUAUUUCCCAUGAAGAAAGGAUUUCAAUAAAAAUUUUUUGGAAGGAA